UACAUAAAAUGGUUUGGUAUAGGCCCACUUCUUUGGGCCUAACAGCCCGUCUUCUAUUAAACGUGCCGCCAAAGGAGUCUAUGUUAUAUAUAUGUGCAUAAAAUGGGUACUAGUGUUAUGGUAGUGUUGCUGUGAUUCUUUGUUAGAGCUUGCCAAUUCUCGAAAACUCGACAAGCAGAAAAAAGUCUAAUGCUAUGACAUCCAUUUAAUGUAAAGUAUCUAUACAUGUGGCUCUAUAUGUGGGUCUACUAGUUCUGGAAAAACUAACCAGCAGAAAACCUACUCAUGCUAUUUAAAUACUAGUGUACCAAUCGCGAAGGGUGUUGAGAUAUGAGAAUAAUUGGUUGGAAAUCAGAAGAAGAGUGGCUGAGAUCAUGAGAGGAAAUAUUGAGUUGUGGCUUAUGAUAAUUGAUAAUGAUAAUCUGCCAACGAAAAUAUGUGUGAAAUGCAUAAAUCGUUUGAAUAUUGCUUUCGAUUUUACACAGUUGGCCUAUGGAUCACAAAAAGCACUCAAACAGUUUUUAAAAAAGGUUUCGAAUGAAUUUGAAGAAGUAACCAGGUUAAAUCCUAAAAUAGCAGAAGCUUUAGAUGAUUCAGCUUUGAUAAUGGUAUCAGAUGAUGAUAUAGAAGAUUGUGUUGCAAUACUAAAUGAGCGUGAAGAUGAAGACCCUGAUGAAAUCUCAGCAGUUACUCCAUCAACCUCAAUUUCGAAGAGCUUAAAUUUAGGAACAAAUAUUGAUAAGAGUAAAUCCGUUUUAAUUACUAUUAAAGAAGAACCUAAAACAGUUUCAACAGAACAAACGUUAAAACGGGAAUAUGAAGUUGAUGAUGAUGAAAUAGAAUAUCAAAUACAAAAUGCUGGAUUAAACGAACAUUUUGAAGUUGAUAAUUCAAAUGUAAAAGAAAUUGGAAUUGAUGACACUACUCAUCUAAGAAUUUCAAAAGUCCACCGUACCGAUAAGUUUAAUAUUGAUGAUACUGAACGCGUUUUAGAAUUGCUUGAUGAUACUUCAGAGAAUGAAAAUAUAGAAACCGAUGCAGAGGCUAUACCGGUGGAUGGUGAUGGGUAUUUAAAAGAAUAUGAAGAAAUAUUGGAUGAUAGUGAAAAUAAAGAUGAUUAUAUGGAUAUGGAAGAUAUGAAUGAUAUGAUUUUGGAUGUGGAAUAUUUAAAUAGUUCUAGCAUUGAAUUGCGUCCUUCAAAAGUAAACAAUUCUACAUCUGUGAUGGGUACAGAAUUGGGUAGAGAACCACAUCCGGUAAAGUUACGUACGAAUAUAAAUACGACUCCACAAAAAAAUAGUAAUAAUUUCAAGUUACGUAGAACACGUAUACGCACAGAUCAACUAAGUGGAAGAAAUUCUAAUGAAAGCUCUAAUAAGAUACGAUACUAUUGUGAGCAAUGUAACACGGAUUAUACGACUAAAACAAAUCUAAACCGACAUAUGGCCACACAUGACGGUAAGAAGCCUUAUGCGUGCAACAUAUGUGGUAAAGGAUUUACACAAAAUGGUUCACUUAAGCAUCACAUGUACACGCAUACUGGUGAAAAGCCCUAUGUUUGUGAAGUAUGCAAUAGAGGAUUUACACAGAGUAAAAGUUUAGUAUUUCACAAACGUAGACAUAGUGGAGAUAAACCUUUUGCAUGUGUACAUUGUGGUACAUCUUUCAGACAAAAAGAUGGAUUAAAAGUACACAUUCUGAGGCAUCAUACGAUUGUUAUGGAUGAUGGAGAAAUUGAGACACAUAUGUGCUCGAUUUGUAAAGAAGACAUGUACACCAAAGAAAACCUACAACUGCACAUGAAAAAACAUGUAAACAAUCAUAAAAUCAAGGAUUCUCAAUGUCAGGCUACCGGUUCGACUGGUAGCGAUGAAACAUUCUUAGAACUGUUGGAUGAAGAAAUGCUGUUGAAUGAUAGUGCAGAAAAUGAAAUGCUUGAUAAUGAUGGGACGCAUGUUAUAAAUGUUUCGGCCACAUCAGCUACUCAACCUUUUCGUGCCAAGAAGUAUCAGUGUUGUAUGUGCUUCAAAUGCUUUGCUAUUAAAGAAAAUCUGAUGCGACAUUUAACUAUUCAUUCUGUUGAAUCUCUGUAUGAAUGUAAAUAUUGCAGUAUAUAUUUCGAAAGCCAGCAGUUGUUGGGCAAACAUAUUACACAAACGCAUGAAGGAUUUAGUCAAAUCAGGGAAUAUAGUCAGCAGCUGGCAAAUGUACGUAAUCAGAGCACCAUUGAAUAUCAGAAGAUGAGAGAUGAAAAUAAAGUAGCGAAGAAUAUAAUAUGAUGAAGCAGAGAACAGAUUAAAAUUUUGAAAUAUCACUAAUCACUAAAUUA